AUGACGAAUUCAAAACUCAAACCAACCACGACUGAGAGACCAGUUACUGCGCGUGGAAACCGCGCAAGGUCUCUUCCCACUUUACACACUAUACCCAACAGCAACAAUACUUCUACCACUAAAACCGCACAGUCUUCUCCUUCUUCUCCCAACUACCCAUACCACUCCCCACACGCCGCAUACCUUUCACCCGCCACAUUUCCCGACCUCCCAGUCGAUCCAAAACACUGGUCUUCUUCCGACGUCGCCACUUACCUUGCAUACUGUCUUCGUUUAUAUCCACCAGCAAUGGUACGCGACCUGACGAAAUUUGUACGGGAUGAUACGUCACUUAAUGGACGUCGUUUUCUUCGGCUUAAAGAAGAGCAGUUGCGGCAUAUGGGAUUUAAUGAACGUUGGAUAAAGUUGAUUAUGUUGGGUGUGAAAGCGUUACGAAGAGAGAGUUUGACGCAGAAGAUUCUUGCGAAUGGUGGAAUAAUGGAAGAGCCAGAAGAAUUGGUGGAAGAGGAAGCAUUUUCUGACGCAACAACUACGUUACCAACAAAUGUUACUUCCACUUCGCCAAAUCUUAAUAGUGAUGAUAAAGAAUUUUUCAAUAGAGAUAGUACUAGCAUUGAAUCAACUUCUAUGCUAUCGGCAAAUGAUAAAGAAUUUAUUCGACACCAACUUGCUAAUCUCGAGGAAUCCUUAAAAAAAUCAUUGUCAUCAUCGCCAUCAACAUUUAUACAAUGGCCUUCCAAAUUGUCAUUUUCCUCCUUCUCACGUAUAAUGUUACGUUCGCCAAAAGAAAUUAAUGAAUCGAAAAGCAACUACCCUUACAGUUAUGGUUUGAUACAGGGAUCAAUAAUUGGCGGAGGCUUGAUGUGGAUAUGCAUGAAACUCGCAGCUAAAUAUUCAAUCGAUUUAAUACCACGACCAACAUCAAUCACAUCAGUAAAAGACAGUAAAGCGAAUAGUCCCACCCUAUCGAGUAAAAGACCAAGUUAUCUUCAAGAUCAACGUAGAAAUAAUCGGUCUGAAACUGGAUCACUGCAUAAAUUAAAGUCUAUACACCGGCUGCAGACGGGAGAGGGAGCGGGGAGUGGUAGUGGAAUACCAAGUAAUGUGUCCACACGAAGAUUCUCUAUCAGUUUUCCGAAAGCUUUUCAUCCAGCACAGAGGAAAGCUGCAAAAGCAGCGAAAAAUAAAAAAUAUGAAGAGGCAGUUACUUGGUUAACACGUGUCUUGGAAGAAUAUCCUGAUAGUUAUUCGGCAAGGUGUGAUCGAGCUUACGCAUAUGAAGCUACUGGACAAAUUGAUUGUGCAAUUAAUGAUUUAAGUGUAGCAUUCACAUUAAAACCAAAUAAAGCUUAUGCGUGGUCAGUACGUGGGGAGGUUUAUCGACGUCUAGAGAGAUAUGAAGAGGCAUUAUCAGAUUUAGAUAAAGCAUUAUCAUUAGAACCGGACAAUUUAUUAGCAUUAAAAAAUCGGGGGUAUAUAUUCUACUAUCGGAAUUCGUAUGAGCAAGCAUUAGCAGAUUUAGACCGUGCUUUGCAACUAGAGCCGAAUGAUCCAUUCAUUCUAAAAAUUCGUGGUGAUAUUUAUUUAUUACAAGGACAUUAUGAUCAAGCUUUAGCUGAAUUCACUCAAGUUCUAUUAAUGGAGCCGGAUAAUGUGCCAGUUCUUCAAGUGAGAGGAGAUGUACUUCGAAUGCUUGGCAGGUUUAAUGAAGCGCUGGUUGAUUUAUCUCGGGUCUUGCAAAAAGAACCAGACAAUAUUUUUGUAUUACGAAUUAGAGGGGAUGUGUAUCAUAUAUUAAAUCGAUAUGAUGAUGCAUUGGCGGAUUUAAAUACUGCAUUGGAAAUUGAACCUGAUAAUGUGUCUGCGUUACAAUAUCGUGGUGCUGUGUAUAUGACAGUUAGAAGAUAUGAUGAAGCAUUAGCAGAUUUUAAUAGACUGCUUCAAAUUGAUCCCAAUAAUGCAUUCGCGCUAGAGAAUCGCGGUGACAUUUUUAUAAUGUUGCAUAAAUACGUGGAAGCAAUUCAAGAUUUCGAUACAGCAUUAGAAUUGGAACCGGAUCGAGUUUGUACACUUCAAUAUCGUGGUGCAAUCUAUUAUCAACUUGGUCGUUAUGACGAAGCAUUGGUUGAUCUAGAUAGAUCGUUAGAUCUAAAACCGACAAAUUCAUUUGCACGUCGUUAUCGUGGUGCAAUCUAUCGAAUAAAACAACGAUAUGAUGAGGCAUUAGAAGACUUCAACAAGGUACUACGAAUGAAACCAAAUGACGCUUUCACAAGACGUAAUCGUGGUGAAGUAGGUGACAUUAAUCGAAUGCGUAAAAGGUAUGAUGAAGCAUUGGACGAUUAUAACAAGUGUCUGGAACUCGAACCAGAAAAUCUGUCAAUCUUGGAAAUUCGUGGAGAGAUAUCACGUGAAUUGGGAAAAGAUGAAGAAGCAUUAUUAGAUUUGGGUAAAGUUUUAGAAAUUGAACCGAACAACAUUUCAGUUUUGGUAUGUCGAGGUGAGGUUUUCGCUUUACUCCAUCGAUAUGAUGAGGCACUUUUGGAUUUAAGUAGAGCAAUUAUUUUGGCACCUGAUCAUUUUUCAGCAUUAAAAAGACGCGGUGACAUUUAUAGGACACUUGAGCGUUAUGAUGAUGCAUUGCAAGAUUUAAAUCAUGCAUUGCAAUGCUAUCCGGAUGAUGUAUUCGCAUUGCGAAUACGAGGGGACAUUUAUCGAUCCUUAGAACAAUAUGAUAAAGCAUUAGUUGAUCUAGAUUACGCUCUUCAUUUAGAACCAAAUGAUUCUUUUGCACGAAGAACACGAGGCGAUGUGAAUCGGAUGCUACGGCGAUACAAUGAAGCACUAGUAGAUUUAGAUUAUGCGAUAGAUCUGGAAUCGAAAAAUGCAUUUGCACGGAGAGCACGGGCCAAUGUUCAUAAUAUGUUACGACAAUAUCAAGCAGCAUUGACCGAUAUCGAUAUCGCAUUGGAACUCGAACCUAAUGAUGCGUUCGCGAGAAGAGUUAGAGGUCACGCGUAUGUCAAACUACGGCGAUACAAAGAAGCCUUGGGGGAUUUUAAUGUGGCAUUGCGUCUUGAACCUCAUAGUGCUAUGUUUAUGCAAGCGCGAGCAGAUGUAUAUUGUAUGUUGAAUCGAUACCAUGAGGCACUAUUCGAUAUUAAUAUUGCAUUACAAAUCAAACCUGAAAGCAUAACGAUAUUGAUUGCCCGUGGAGAAAUUUAUUUGGCAUUAGGACGAUACAGCGAUUCACUAGAAGAUCUGAAUAACGCCCUAAGCCGCCAACCAAAUAAUACUUAUGCUCUGCGAAUCCGUGGAAAUGUAUAUCACGCACUAAAACGGUAUCAUCACGCACUAAAGAAUUUCGACAAGGUGAUAAAACUCGAGCCGAAUAAUGUGUACGCGUUAGCUGAUCGUGGUGAUGUCAAUCGAAUGCUUGAACGAUAUGAUCAAGCAAUGGAAGAUUUUGACAACGCUAUAAGACUCGACCCAGAAAAUUCAUUUGCGCUUAAAAAUCGCGGCGACGUCUACCGAAUGCAACGACAGCCAGAACAUGCACUUUUGGACCUAAAUCGUGCUUUACGCCUUGAACCUAAUGACCCGUUUGCAUUACGUGUCCGUGGUCGUGUCUAUUUCCGGCUAAAACAGUACGACAAGUCAUGGAUUGAUUUAAAUCAAGCAGUGCAACUUGACCCAAAUAAUACCAUCGGAUUAUAUUGGCGGGGUGCAUUAUGUCGUAAACUUCGUCGGUAUAAUGCAGCGUUAAAAGAUAUAGACAGGGCUAUUGAAUUGAAUCCGGAAAAUGAGGCAUU